UAAGAGUUCAACUCCAGCGGUGGAAAAAACGAGCUAUGAGACGUGCAGCCGAGAAGCCGUGAAGAAAAAACAAGCAUCAGCAGAUCUUGAAAACGCGUGUCAACGUGAUAUGGUCGUUUUGCGGCGAAUGCUGUUCUUUAUGUCCGCAGUUGUUGUUGUCGCUCUACUGACUGCAGCUGCUGCUUUGUUGCUAGCUAUAUCAGCGAUGAAGGGUACUGAGAAGAAUGUGUCUUGUGAAAAGAUCCCGGAGAUAAUCAAUAACGUGGCAUACAUCAAAAGCGAAGUCAACAACGUCACGACAAUUCUCAAGGAAAGUAACAACAGAACGGUACUAAUGGGGCCACCCGGACUUCCGGGUCCGCCGGGGCCACCGGGGACUCCCGGUCAAAACGGCUUACAAGGGGAGCCUGGCCUCCAGGGUCCGAAAGGAGAUAUUGGAUCACAGGGUCCCAGAGGACCAUCGGAAGUUGGAUCCCCAGGACCAAUUGGCCCUGUAGGGCCUAAGGGCUUUAAUGGAACACAAGGUCCAAUGGGUCCUCCCGGCGUAAGGGGCUCGCAAGGAUUAGCAGGUCUCCAAGGCCCCAUAGGGCCUAUCGGCUUUAACGGCUCCCAGGACCCACCAGGUCCCGUCGGCCCAGAGGGUCCUAGAGGCCCCCCUGGAUACAACGCGUCACGGGGAGGAGGCGGCGCAGGGGUACAAGGCCCUGCUGGCCCUUCAGGUCCCCCGGGAAGGCCUGGACCAGGAAAUCUCUCACUUUUUGAGUACAAAUACAAAGAAGAAGCUGCACAGACUGCUGGAGCAGCAGCUACGUCAGGAGUUACUCUACGAGAAGAUGACCAUCCGGGCAUGAAGAUUGUUGGUGUCACGUGUUCAACAUACAGAGCCGCAGAGUACGUUUUUGAAGGCGGAAUAAUUGACCCGAAUACAAACACGAUUGUGUACAAUUGUGUUUGUAAAGGAACUUCAUCGCUGUUCUUUGGCGCUAAUAAACUGAAGUGCGUUAUUCAGUACUGGAUCUGCCCCGUCACUAGUUAAGGAAGUUACUUCUUUUGUUGUUGACUAGUUUUUUGGGUAAAUAAACAAGGUCUAAACAAAGUCUGCCCUUCUGUAUAGUUCGGAAACAUGGAGAUCGACAAAACUACUGACCAAGAAAUUGCAAACCUUUAUCAUCAAGUGUUUAAGGAAGAUCCUGAACAUCCGCUGGCCAGAAGUCAUUUCAAAUGAAGAACUAUGGGAAAGGACACAACAAAUACGUAUAGAAGAAAGCAUUAUGAGAAGAAAAUGGAAAUGGAUCGGGCAUACGCUACGGAAGCCUGAGAAUAAUAUCACCCGUUGCGCURUCGAGUGGAACCCUCAGGGGUCUAGAAGAAGAGGUCGCCCAAAGCAAUCCUGGAGGCGAAGUGUGAUAGCUGAGCUCGCCAAGAAUAAGUUCACGUGGAUAGAGGCAAAGCGAACUGCCAGUAAUAGAGUUAGGUGGAGAUCCAUGGUUGACGCCAUAUGCUCCCCUUUAGGAGCGAAGAUGGCCUAAUAA